GCGGCCGAGAACAAACGGGACAUUGAGCGCGCGGGGCCACUCGGCGGGGCCGGCGGGCGUCGAGGCGGGAGCAGCGGCCCAGCCCGGCCAUGAGGGGCGCCGGGACCCCGCUCUGCCUGCUGCUGCUCGCCCAGCUGUCGCGGACGCAGCCCCCCGAGAGACCUGUUUUCACAUGUGGCGGAACUCUUACUGGAGAGUCUGGGUUUAUUGGCAGCGAAGGCUUUCCUGGAGUGUACCCUCCAAACAGCAAAUGCACUUGGAAAAUCACAGUUCCGCAGGGGAAAGUGGUGGUCCUCACCUUCCGGUUCAUAGACCUGGAGAGCGACAACCUGUGUCGCUAUGACUUCGUGGAUGUGUACAACGGCCACGCGGGCGGCCAGCGGCUCGGCCGCUUCUGCGGCACCUUCCGGCCGGGCGCCCUGGUGUCCAGCGGCAACAAGAUGAUGGUGCAGAUGAUCUCCGACGCCAACACGGCCGGGAACGGCUUCAUGGCCAUGUUCGCCGCCUCUGAGCCCAACGAGAGAGGGGAUCAGUACUGUGGGGGACGCCUCGAGAGACCUUCCGGCUCCUUGAAAACGCCCAACUGGCCUGAGCGGGACUAUCCGGCAGGCGUCACGUGUGUGUGGCACAUUGUGGCCCCCAAGAACCAGCUGAUCGAGUUAAAGUUCGAGAAGUUUGACGUGGAGCGAGAUAACUACUGCCGCUACGAUUACGUGGCCGUGUACAACGGCGGCGAGGUCGACGACGCCAGGAGGAUUGGCAAGUUCUGCGGGGACAGCCCACCCGCGCCCAUUGUAUCUGAGAAAAACGAACUUCUCAUUCAGUUUUUAUCAGACUUGAGUUUAACCGCAGAUGGCUUCAUCGGUCACUACAAAUUCAGGCCCAAAAAAUCACCUACAACGACGGCUCCCCCCAUCACCACCCCCGUCCCCGUGACCACAGGUCUGAAGCCCACCGUGGCCCAGUGUCAGCAGAAGUGCAGGCGCCCCGGCUCCCUGGAGAGCAAUUACUGCUCAAGUAACUUCGUGCUGGCCGGGACGGUCAUCAGCACGGCGGCACGAGGGGGCAGCCUGCUGGCCACGGUGGCCAUCAUCAGCAUCUCCAAGGAGGGCGGCCUGGCCAUCCAGCAGGCCGGCAAGAACAUGAGCGCCAAGCUCCUGGUGGUCUGCAGGCAGUGCCCCGCGCUCCGCAGAGGCCUGAAUUACAUCAUCAUGGGCCAGGUGGGCGAGGACGGGCGCGGCCGAGUUCUGCCCAGCAGCUUCGUGAUGAUGUUCAAGGCCAAGAACCAGAAGCUCCUGAACACCCUGAAGAGCAAGCGCUGUCCGCACUGACCCGUGCCGGCUGCUCCCGGGAGAGGCGGGACCUCGCGGCUGACUGCGAAGUGUCUCCGCGGGCUGGCUCAGCCGGGCGCACGCUCCGGAGAGGGGGCUCAGGAGCCGGAGGAGACGGCAAGAAAGAGGUUUCGAGAGUGCGAUAUUUAUAGUGACGCUGGUCCCUUUCACGCUGCGCUCGGUCACCCGUUCCUGCCUGUCUUGAAAGCCCAGCCCUAGUAAAACCAUCUCUGAGCGAGUGGCACUGCCAGCCCUGAUGUCCGCGUGCCGUGGGGCCCGUGUGGCGGAGAGCGUGACCCCGUGUC